GAUUGGUUCCUGCAGCGACGCUUUGGGAUGGAACGAAACAUGGCCAUCAAGAAGACCUUGGACGAGAACAACUUCACCGGCCUGUCCAUUGCAAACCCUUCCGUCCCAGAUGCUCAGAAGGUAAUGUGGUCCGACCUCGUCCAGGGAAAGCCGGAACUCGAUGACUCCCUCAGCAACAACGCCAAGCAGAUGAAAGCCGACAUGUACAGCAAGAUGUUCAAGGACUCCACUGACCUGGAUCACCCAUGUCGCGUGGCCGGGAGCACCUACACCAGGUGCCUCCAGGAGAGCUUUAAGGAGGACUCGUCCGCACGAAAGAUGAAGUGCCUUCCCUCCUUCGAUGCCUUCGACGCGUGCCGCAAGGGCAUCUUGAAGCAGCAGACGCAAGCUGUGGAGAACGCGCUCAUCAAGCAGGACAUCGCCGACCGCCGUGCAAAGGCCCUCUUCGAGCGUCGCCAGAUCCUCCUCGACUCGCUGAACCGUUGA